CAGUCUAAAACCCAUGGCAAGUUGGUAACCGUUAAACCCUAGCCUCUUCUCCCUCUUCGCUUCGCGUCUUCGUCUCUCGCACUUCGUUUUCGCCUUCGCCUCGCAGAAGAAAGAGCGUAAAGGAGAACGAAGAUGAGCAUGGGCGACGAGAGUGGCGAAGGGAGCUCGAGGAGGCUCCAAGUGCGCUUCGUCACGAAGUUGGAUGCGCCGUUCAAAGUUCCCGCCGCCGCCAUUGCCAUCCCUGCCGACCUCGCGCGGUUCGGCCUCUCCUCGCUCGUCAACGCGCUCCUUCAAUCCAACAACGCUGAUUUUGAGCCGGAGCCAUUUGAUUUUUUGAUUGAUGGAGAAUUUGUUCGGAUGUCGCUUGAGCAGUUUCUUCUGGCCAAAGGAAUAUCUGCGGAAAGGAUAUUGGAAAUUGAGUACAUAAGGGCUGUGGCCCCACGAAAGGAGGAAGACCCUUCUUUACAUGAUGACUGGGUCAGUGCUGUUGAUGGUUCUUCUUCUCGGUUCUUUUUGACAGGAUGUUAUGAUGGUUUGGGGAGGGUGUGGAAAGGUGCUGGAAUAUGUACCCAUAUAUUGGAUGGACAUAGUGAUGCGCUCACUUCUGUUUGUAUCAUUAAUCCAGAAGGUAUGGAAACAGUUACGGUAGCUACUGCUUCAAAAGAUCGGACAUUGAGGCUAUGGAAGCUUAAUAUAGAGGAGCCUGUAAACCAUCCUAUGAGGGUUAGGGCUUACAAAAUUUUGCGUGGUCAUAAGUCUUCUGUACAGACUGUUGCAGCACAGACUUCUGGAGAAAUGGUGUGUUCGGCUUCUUGGGAUUGUACCAUCAAUCUGUGGCAAACUAAUGACUUCCCUGCGGAAGAUGACCUAGUGUCUAAGAAGAGAAAAGUUGGAGGUCAAGUUGAGGAGUCACUAGUAGAGGGAGAGGCAUUUACUACCCUUGUAGGCCAUACACAGUGUGUAUCUUCUGUGGUUUGGCCACAACGAGAGUUUAUCUAUUCUGCAUCAUGGGAUCAUUCUAUUAGGAAAUGGGAUGUUGAGACCGGCAAAAACUUGACAGAUAUAUUCUGUGGGAAGGCUCUUAACUGCCUUGAUAUUGGUGGGGAAGCUUCUGCUCUGAUAGCUGCUGGGGGUUCUGACCCUGUUCUUAGGAUUUGGGAUCCUCGUAAACCAGGCACUUCUGCUCCUGUUUUUCAGUUUGCUUCUCAUACUUCUUGGGUUUCAGCUUGCAAAUGGCAUGAUAGCUCUUUGUUUCAUUUGCUUUCUGCAUCCUAUGAUGGGAAAGUUAUGUUGUGGGAUCUGAGAACUGCGUGGCCUCUUUCAGUCAUCGAAUCGCACACUGACAAGGUAUUGUCUGCUGACUGGUGGAAAAGUGACAGCGUUAUUAGUGGUGGAGCAGACUCAAAACUUUGUAUUUCUUCAGAAAUCCCAAUAGUGAGGUAAACUUAAACCACAGUAUGAUUAAUUUUUUUGAGUUGGUGGGAUAGAGUUCUUAUAUGUAGGGAACGGUUCAAGUUUUUAGCCAAUUUUGUCUAGGCACAAUGCCAAGGGUUUUAUCCGCUGUUGACGAAGUCCUGUGUAUUGAUGUAAACGCUUGAAAUUAUUUAUAUAUCACAAACUCAUUCUGCAUGAA